CCUCCCCCCACUCCCCUCCCGCCUCCACCUCACCAACUUCGGCAGCCUCGGAGGUCUGGCGCGCGUCAAAGCCGGAACUGGGAGGUUGAUUUGUGGAGCAUCACCCCCAAGGACACGCGGCCCCCGGAUCUGUCCCUCCGGCGUUCGCGGUCCCUGCACCCGCGCGCUGGGAUGGGAGAGCGAGGGACCUGCCCGCGGUCGGCCGGCGUGUGUAGGGAGGUGCAGCCGCAGCGCCCGCUGCCCAGAGUCUGAGGACGUCCCGAGGGAAGGAGAGGCAGGUCAGAGACAGGUGAAUAGGCGGGCUAUGGUGACGGGACGAUGUUGGCCAGAAAGAGCAUCAUCCCCGAGGAGUAUGUGCUGGCGCGCAUAGCGGCGGAGAAUCUGCGCAAGCCGCGCGUCCGAGACCGCCUCCCCAAAGCCCGCUUCAUCGCCAAGAGUGGGGCAUGCAACCUGGCGCACAAGAACAUCCGUGAGCAAGGACGAUUCCUGCAGGACAUCUUCACUACCUUGGUGGACCUGAAAUGGCGCCACACGCUGGUCAUCUUUACCAUGUCGUUCCUCUGCAGCUGGCUGCUCUUCGCCAUCAUGUGGUGGCUGGUGGCCUUUGCCCAUGGGGACAUCUACGCUUACAUGGAGAAAAGUGGAAUGGAGAAAAGUGGUUUGGAGUCCACUGUUUGUGUGACUAAUGUCAGGUCUUUCACCUCUGCUUUUCUCUUCUCCAUUGAAGUUCAAGUGACAAUAGGAUUUGGAGGGAGAAUGAUGACAGAGGAAUGUCCUCUGGCCAUCACAGUUUUGAUUCUCCAGAACAUUGUGGGUUUGAUAAUCAAUGCAGUCAUGUUGGGCUGCAUUUUCAUGAAAACAGCUCAGGCUCACAGGAGGGCGGAAACCUUGAUUUUCAGCCGCCAUGCUGUGAUUGCUGUCCGAAAUGGCAAGCUGUGCUUCAUGUUCCGAGUGGGCGACCUAAGAAAGAGUAUGAUCAUUAGUGCCUCAGUGCGCAUCCAGGUGGUGAAGAAGACAACUACACCUGAAGGGGAGGUGGUGCCUAUUCACCAGCUGGACAUUCCUGUUGAUAACCCAAUUGAGAGUAAUAACAUUUUCCUGGUGGCCCCUUUGAUCAUCUGCCACGUGAUUGACAAGCGUAGCCCCUUGUACGAUAUCUCAGCAACUGACCUCGCCAACCAAGACCUAGAGGUCAUAGUGAUUCUGGAAGGAGUGGUCGAAACUACUGGCAUUACCACACAAGCAAGAACCUCCUAUAUCGCUGAGGAGAUCCAAUGGGGCCAUCGCUUUGUGUCUAUUGUAACUGAGGAGGAAGGAGUGUAUUCUGUGGAUUACUCCAAAUUUGGCAACACUGUUAAAGUAGCUGCUCCCAGGUGCAGUGCCCGAGAGCUGGAUGAGAAGCCUUCCAUCCUGAUUCAGACCCUCCAGAAGAGUGAACUAUCCCAUCAAAAUUCUCUGAGGAAGCGCAAUUCCAUGAGGAGAAACAAUUCCAUGAGGAGAAACAACUCCAUCCGAAGGAACAACUCAUCCCUCAUGGUGCCAAAGAUGCUGCACCUGGUAAGAAGCCUGAGGCAAAAACUGCUUCUCUCUAGUUGCUUCUAAACUGAUUGUGUUCAGUCACUUACUUCUUCACAGUGACCUUUGCAGGUUUCUUCGUCCUCCUCGUUGGCAGAACUGGACAGAGAGCUUUGGAGAAAAGCUAAGAACAUUCCUGUCUGGAUGUUAGGACUGGAUUCCCAAAAGUGACAGUUAUUUCUUUUGGCUUCUCACUUCUUAAAAGCCCCCACAGGGAAAUACUGUAUUGAAUAUUUUAUUAAAAUAUUUUCUUUGUAUUCACUGUAGUUUUGUGAUUUCUCUUUCACAAAAUCAUCCCUAGUCAAAGCUCAAGGAAGAAAAAAACAUUUUUAGAGGCAUGUGAAAGAGAUAUCAUACAGUGAUAACACCUCUCAGAUCUUCCUGUUUUUGAAAUUGUUUAUUCCAAGGAACUACAUUUUUUGUUUCAUUUUGAUUUUAUUUCCUUCCAAGAUUUGAAAGGUUUUCUUAGCUCUUCUAUCUGAAUCUGAUGUAUCAUGGAAAUCUUAAACGAUGUUUUUUCUUUGGAUCUCCAAACUCCCUUAAAACUCUGCUCUCUUCCUGAAUUCAGGCCUGGCAUAUAUUGGUUUAGGGUUAUUUCACUUGUUAAAGUGAGAUUUUCUAUCAGAACUUGAUCUAAUCAUCCUUAGCUCUUGUUUCUUCAGGGAAGGGAUGAGGGCACCCAGGGAAGCACUAAGCUGAGAGACUAUGGGUUUAUGCUUCUAUUUUACAUAGCUGAACAUCGGAAAGCUGAGCUCUUGUAUAGCGUUUUACACCAAUUUGGGGUUUGUAUUUAUUUUACUUCAUUUAUGAGCAUUUGAAAUAGAUAGGUAAUCAUUAAUAUAUUCAAAUCCUAUCUUAAACAAAUGACUCACGAUUCUAACCAGAUGAAUGGAAAUUGUUUCUUGGGUUACUGAGUUAAUCAUUUCUGAACAAUUCUAACCACUCUUUGAACUCCAGACUCAUGUAUCAAGCAGGUACUUGAAGCUCCACCUGGAUACCCAAUAUGCAUUUAAAAUGUGCCUAAAGCCAAAUGCUCCAUUUCCACUAACAAAACCUACCCUCUACCCCAGUCCUUCUUCCAAUCAGGCCAAAACCUGGGAGUCAUACUUGACACCUCUUUUUUAUACCUCACAUGCCAUCCAUUAGCAAAAUCUGUUAGGUCUGCUGUGAAAAUAUAUCCAGAAUAUGACCAAUUCUCUCUAUCUCUACCAUUUCUUCCAGAGUCCAAGCUGGGUACUCAUUACCCAGUAUAUAUAGAUGCAGCUAUACCAACUGUGAGAAUAUUAAAACAUUUUUGAAUAGGAUGCCAAAGAAAAAAAUCUAUCUUAAUAAGAGCCCAACAGAGGCUUCAGAGAUGGGUACCAGACUUCCUAGCAGGUCUGGCACUGAUGCACGUCCUCCACUCCCACCCCAGGGGCAGCUGAGCAGAGCCAGAGAGCAGCUACCACAGCAACAAUAAGAAUAUGUAGAAUGCCCACUCACAAUCUAGUGUUAGUGGAGGGGUGCAGGCUGCAGGGCGGGUAAUGUUGGGGCAUAGUCAGUCAGACUGAAAUACAGGAUUUCUGAGUCCAAGGGAUACAGAAUGCCCUGGCACCCAGGGGCAAAUCUAGCUAGGAAGCAUGAGCAAUUCCCCAGGCCCCCUUCUGGCUGCAACCAAAUGCUAAUGACUAUCAAUUCAAUGGGGAAUUCGAUCAAAGUGUUUAAUGGAGCCUCCUAUGUCAAGUUGUGGCUCCGGCAGGGGCAUCAUUUAGCUGGUGAGUGCCACAUCAAAGAGAAGAUCACAUCCCUAAUUCCUAAAAAUAUACAAGUGUUUUAGCGUAAUACAAUGAUUUGAGGACCUAUUUUUGUUAAAAUAUAUUUAACUGGCUAAAAAGUUUCAGGAACUAUUUAGUUUAGUUUUAGAGAACAAGAAGACUCUGCAUGUGUGUGUGUGCGUGUGUAAUUUUGACUUAUGUAUUGAAUUUAAGUAUUAUUUUAUAUUAAAUAUUUGGAGUCUCUGCUUCCACCCUAGU